AUGCCUGUUCCAUCCCUGCUGACCCGUGCUGCCACGAGGCGUUUCACGCAGCUGCCAGAGGUCGCCAGACUCGCCACCAGACCUGCAGCUGCCGGCAGCAUAGCCUCGAGAUGUCUGGUCAGAGGUUACAGACCAGCAGCCGUGACGGGCGGGCAAAGGAGGUCGAUCUCACAGAGCACGCGGAGGAGGUUUGCGACGGUCAACGAGGACGACGACUACACCAAUCCCCUCAAGCAGGAACGAGAGGCAGAUGAGGUGGAUGUAUGCAUCGUCGGUGGCGGCCCGGCAGGACUCAGCGCUGCCAUAAAGCUCAAGCAGCUGGCCAAUGAAGCAGGAAACGAGGACUUCCGAGUACUGCUGCUAGAGAAGGCCGGCGAGAUAGGAGACCACAUAGUAUCUGGCAAUGUCUUGGAGCCCUCUGCCCUCGAUGAGCUCCUUCCAGACUGGAGGUCAGCAGACAAUCCCAACCGCUUCGAGAAGUACACGCCCGCCGCCACAGACCGCAUGCGCUUCCUCACGAAGAGCAGCUCGAUCCCAAUGCCUAAGCCACCGCAGAUGAACAACCACGGCAACGUCAUUGUGAGCUUGAAUGAGCUUAGCAAGUGGCUAGGGGAAAGAGCAGAAGAAGUUGGCGUGGAGAUAUACCCAGGCUUUGCAGCAUCAGAAGUAUUGUUCACAAAGGAAGGCGCGGUCAAGGGUGUCGCCACAAAUGAUCUCGGCAUUGCCCGCGAUGGUACACCCAAGGACUCCUUCGAGUGCGGUAUGGAGUUUCACGCGAGAACUACGCUUCUUGCUGAAGGUUGCCACGGCAGCUUGACGAAGAAGGUAAUUAAGAAGUACGACCUGCGGAAACACAGCCAACCCCAGACAUACGGCCUCGGGAUCAAGGAGGUCUGGGAAAUCGAUCCGGAGAAGUUUGAGAAGGGUCUUGUUGCGCACUCUAUGGGCUAUCCGCUACCGAAAAGUGUAUACGGUGGUGGAUGGAUGUACCACUUUGGUGACAAUAUGGUUUCGAUUGGUCUCGUGGUCGGUCUCGAUUAUGCCAAUCCUUGGAUAGCACCUUAUGGAGAGUUUCAGAAGAUGAAGCAGCACCCGUUCUACCGGAAUUACCUGGAAGGCGGCAAGUGCAUAUCGUAUGGUGCGCGAACACUGAACGAAGGGGGGUUCCAGAGUAUACCGAAGUGUGCCUUCCCUGGAGGCGCUUUGAUUGGUGACACAGCCGGCUUCUUAAACGUCCCAAAGAUCAAGGGCACACACACAGCUAUGCGCUCCGGUAUGCUCGCGGCAGAGGCAACUUGGGAUGCUCUAGCCAAUAGCAAUGAUACCGAGGGUGCUGUCUUCUUGUUCGACUACGAGGACAAGCUACGGAAGAGUUCGAUAUGGACGGAGUUGAAGCAGGUACGGAACAUGCGACCUAGCUUCCAUACACCGCUCGGUCUCUACGGCGGUAUCCUGUAUUCAGGCCUCGAAGCAUACAUCUUCCGUGGUAAGACUCCAUGGACCUUGAAGCACCCUAAGCCCGACCACACUGCCACCGAACCAGCCGACAAGCACCAAAAGAUCGAGUACCCUAAGCCAGACAACAAGAUCACAUUCGACAUCUUGACCUCCGUCUCGCGAACUGGCACCAACCACGAGGAAGACCAACCUUGCCAUCUUCAAGUCAAAGAUUGGGACGCCCAUGCUGCAAAGGAGUGGCCUGUAUACAAGGGAGUUGAGAACCGCUUCUGCCCUGCCGGUGUGUACGAAUAUGUUGAGGACGAGUCCAAGGAUAUUGGUGUCAGGUUCCAGAUCAACGCGCAGAACUGUGUUCAUUGCAAGACUUGUGAUAUCAAGGUGCCAGAUCAGGACAUCAAUUGGCAGACACCCCAGGGUGGUGAAGGGCCAAAAUAUGUCAUGACCUAG